AUGACCACCCUCCUCACCCUCCUCCGCCGCGACUGCGAUGGAGACGAAACAAUGUCCAGCUGUACAAAACCCACCAGCUCGGCAUUGACAAUCGGCGUCCCAGCCGCUAUAUCAGGGGUUCUCCUCCUGACAGCAAUUAUCGUCCUCAUAAUACUCUACAAGAAACGCAUGGCCCGUGACGACCGCGAAGAUCUAGAAGAUCGUCGUCGUGGCUCUGGGUUCUAUGCGCGCUACGCGACGCAGCGUUUCGGUACUGAGGGUGUCCCGCCGCCGAAUAGGAAUGUGAAUGCUUAUCCGGCGGAGUCGCGACGGAGUUCGGGGGAUUCGAUAUUUGAUUUUAAGCAAGAUCAUGGGCCUUAUCAUCUUGCGCAGUUUAAUAGUCCUGAGGUACCGAAGCCGGCUGUUACGAGUAGGGUUGUUGCUUAG